AUGGCGAAGAUACGCACUCUCGUAAUCAAAUCUGUGGGCCUUCUAUCUGAUAAUUACUCCAUAUCGGGGAUGGUAUCGCGAUAUCUCAGCUACCGUAGAUAUGGCUUAAUAGCUCGCCGAGGCUGGGGUGCGACACAUCCAGCCGCGCCGAGACGAGCUCGAGGCCAUGGAGGGUGUGAGGAGAGGUGGGGGGGAGGGUGUCUGGUGCACUCGACGCCGAUGCCUACAAAUAUUUGCGUAGAGCCCGUCGGGCCUGUUUGUUUUCCUUAUCGCGUCACUCGUAGCACACCCAGCGAUGGGUCCACACCACGCCACACACACACGACCUCGCGCCACGUCAACCAGGAUUCGUUCACUAACAGUCACUCACUAGAACAUUAG